GUCAGUAGGAGUGAGACUCUAGGACCCUACCUGGGAAUCUACCCCUUCUUCUGACACACAUACACCUAUAUACCGGGACCUUCUGGGAACCUGUCUCCUCUUCACCUGCCCCCCCCUCCCCCAAAAGGAUACCUGGAGCUUAGCAGGCUGUAGUCAUGCCUCAGACAAAUCCAGUCCCGCCAAACAAGAGGAAGAAGGCCAACAAGAUCAUCACUGACCUCUCCAACGUCAGUCAGAAUGUGGAUGAUGAGUCAGAUCCCGAGGCCACUGAGUUGGACUUGGGCACCAAGAUCAAGACGCCCAAGGAUGUGAUGUUGGAGGAGCUGUCCCUUCUCAAAAACAAGGGCUCCAAGAUGUUCAAGAUGAGACAGCAGAGAGUGGAGAAGUUCAUAGUCACCAAUGAACACAUGCAGAAUCUCCAGAAUCUGCUGAUGUCCCCUCCAACUCCUCCCCCCAAGCCAGAGAUGCCAAAGGAAGAGGUGGUGGAGGAGAAAGUGGAAGAGGAGGUAGAGGCAGAGAAGGAGAAGCGGAGGAGGGAUUACGUACGCACCUACGUUUCACCAUGGGAACGGGCCAUGAAGGGCGACGAGGAGCUGAAAGCCACCAUGAAGGCUUCCAUGCCAGGACCCAUCCACGCCCAUAAUGAACUGCCCCUUUACAAGAGCUUCAACAGAACGGCACUGCCCUUUGGCGGCUAUGACAAGGCGUCCAAGCUGCUGACCUUUGAGAUCCCGGAGGUCAACCUGGCCCCCGAGGAGCCGGAGCCCAUACCCACGCAGCAGGCCGACAUUCGCUCGCGCCCCUCCUUCAACCGCACGCCCAUCGGCUGGGUCUGCAGCGAAGACAACUCGCACAUCCACAUGGACCUGGAAACCAUCCCCUUUGACGGAGAGACAGACGACCUGUGAACACGCACGCUAACGUGCAAAACACACACACACACACACACACACACACACACACACACACACACACACACACUGUAAACACUGUUGCAACACUGUCAUGCACUGUUACAAAACUGUCAGGUACAAGUGAAAAUGUAUUUAAUAGCAUGGAACAGAAAAUGACUUUAUGGAAAAGGACAAAAAAAAAACUUCCUCCGGUCUCCUGUGUUUAUUCUUGCCCUUUCAUGCCCAGCUGUGAAUGAGUCUUAUUACGAUUUUGCAUUCUGUGAGCCAAUGAGACCUGUGUGAAUAGAAAUAGAUAAAGCACUCUGCACUCUUAAA